AUUKCUACUUUUCCAUUUUGCAAUAUAGACUCUGAACUGGAAAGGACUUAAAGCUCUGGAUAUCUUUCAAUGUGAAUCAGCAGUGUAACACUUUCAUCUUUAGAGCUGCUUAUUGAGGCCAUUUUCAGUACAAGCAGCAAGGUUGACUAAUGUCAAUAACCCCGAAUGRUGUUAUGAGUUGUUUCUGUGGAUUMCCCAGAAUGAAAGUAAAAUAAAGGCUAGAAGCACUCUGUUGGCUGCAAAGCUUUCCACUAUCAGUCCUAAAAAAACAGAGUAAAUUCUGCAUACAAGCACAGUUUACAUGAAAUUGCUUUGGAAAUGAAAAAUCAGCUCAAGUGGUGCAUUCAAAUUAGACCUUCCAAUUUUACCUUGGAGAACAGAAAAGGACAAUGUCGCUAAGUGAACUCGACACGCGGAGGCUCAACAGUGCAACCACCUAAUUAAAUAUGCAGCUCAAAAUCUGACAUCUGUGCAACUAUUUUUGUUUCAUUGGCRAGGCUGCACUUAACAUUUAAUUUACGUCUCUGGGCAGAGGUGUGGAUGCUUUUUUUUUUUCAAUUUUUUUUUGUCUGUACAACAUGCAGAAAGUAUACUCUGCAAAUUAAGUCCUCCCUGGCUGAGCCUGCAGCCAAUACAGAGCAGGUUAACUUCUUACCCAGUGUGUGCGGUUGUCAGGCUCAGUGUUUGUUGAGACAGUCAGCAGCCGCGGGUUGACCAGUCUGAUGUGCCCCUUUUSAAAUGGUGCCCACCCACAACUUCCAUCAGCCAUUCACAACAACAAGAGCCAGUUUGAACUGCUGAAUUUUYGAGCUCACAAAAAUAGCUUGGAGGCUCUUUCCUGCUUGUAAAAGCACAACUGUCUUAAGCUGUGCUCGUGUCGUUGAGCGUCAUCAACUUCUGAUGUUUUCUUAAUUACCAGAGGUAGUGAAAUAUGAUUUUAAAUGUGUUGAUUUCAGCACAUAAAAUAUGAGAAAGAAGUCGGGCACACCCCUGGUAUUCUCUGGUGUCCUGUGAAGAACUUAUCAAGGUUAAGAUUUGUCCUUUCUUGUCUUUAUAUGUUUUAGCUGUGAAAAGAAGCAAAAACACAAGAAGAAAAACAUUUGAUGGAAGAUAAGAAAAAGAAAAAACAAGAAGAGAAGAAAAAGAAAGAAGCUGCACAGAAAAAGACCACAGAACAGAUAACCAAAGUGCCAGACUCUGCCAAGCUCGACCCCACCCCUCCUCUUCUCCCCGCCAACCCCGGUGCCAUCCCACCCGUACCCCAAAGCAGUGGAAAUGGGAAGCGCGCCCCAUCCGGAUGCCAGCCGCAGACAGCACAGCAGCCGCAGACUUUGCUCCAGCAGCAGCAGCAGCAGCGCUACCUGCCCAGAGAGGUGCCACCGCGCUUCCGCCAGCAGGAGCAGAAGCAGCUGUUGAAGAGGGGCCAGCCUCUGCCUCCCGGGACCCUGCCUCUCCUUACCACGGGAUAUCCCGACACUAGUGAAUCUGCAGCAUCAACCGUAGCCAUAAAUCCCUCUCCGUCCUGUACCUCUUCCUCCUCAGCCAGCUUGCCCACAGUACUGCCCCCGCAUAGUGGCCAAGGAACCCAGUAUGAUAACCCCCCCUGGGGACACCUGCCAGCCAACAGAAGUGCCACAAGUGCUGCAUCUUCCACCAGUCCCAGUGGCUGGGAUCAACUGAUAAUUGACCAGAAGGACUCAGAGGCUUGGCCUUCUAUUACUCUCAGUCAGAGCCAGGCUUCUCCAGCAGGAUGCCCUUUGGACACUGACCCUGGUCACCUGACCACCAGCAGCAGUAGUUCAAGCAGUAGUUGUAGUGCAGUGAGUAUGGCCACGGGAGCCAAUAGUCAGACAGGCCACUUCCCUGCCAACCACCUUAACAGCAAAGCCAACAGUGGGCCUAGCCCUGUCAAUCAUACUGGAACCAGCAUGCUCUCUAGCCAGGUUGCAACCAAUCGCAGUUGGGGAUCUGGGCCAGGACCUUCUCAUUGCCCCCCUCAGUCCUCAGUGGGUAAUGAAGGGAAGUGCGAUAGCCCAGUAGGAGGGGGCAGCAGAGGCUGGGGUUCCUCUUCAUCGUCCUCCACCACCAACUUUAACUUGAACCUAAACCCUAAUGCCAACCCAUCUGCAUGGCCCGUGUUGGGGCAUGAUGGAGGAGGCACAGGGGUAGGCAGCUCAGGUGGAGCCAACACCAUUUCAUCUCCUCAACCCACACCUAAUCUCUGUAACCCUCCUGGUCCCCCACCAGCCCAAACCAGUGCCUGUUCUGGAGCCAACAAUAACGGCAAGUCUUCUGGGAUUGGCAGCGCAUGGGGUACCAUAAUGACUUCUGACGAGUCACACCUCACUCCAUCCACGAAUGUGUCUUUCAGUUCUGAACCUCAAAACCUUAAAACUGAUGGACCAAAUCAGACUAAAAAAACAGAACCUCCUAGCCCGAUCCAAAACUUGUCUGGUUGGGGCAGCUCACCUGUAGGCUUGGGUUCUAUGGGGCAGCCUCAACCAGGGGGUUCACAGGUCAACGGAGAAGAUGGCAACUCUUUGUGGGGUAAUGGUGGCAAUUCAAAGCCAACUUCGUCAAAGGAAGGACCUGGAUGGGAUUCUGCUUGGGGCAAUGUGGGAGGUGGAACUGUAAAGUCUGGAGGCUGGAGUGAACAGUCCAGUGGAGACUGGGGGAAACAGCAUAGCGAAGAGGCCCAGGGAGGCUGGGACACGCCCAGCUCUCCUCCCCAGGAUUCACAAGCCAAUACUUGGAGCAGAGCUGUGAGCACAGCUGGUGCCAGUGAAGGGAGCAGUGACAGCAUGGAAGGAUAUCCCCAACAGAGAGAUCGCCCAACCAGAGAGAAAACAGUUCCUAUGAUGCCUGCCCAGGAUCUGGACCCCAGGGUGCUGUGCAACACUGGCUGGGGUCAGACUCCUGUUCGCCAGCACACAACCUGGGACAUGGAUGAUUCUAAACGCAAGAAUGACGCUGGCACUGAUUCAUGGGGCUCUGGGCCAACAGCUCCAAGCAAUGUCCAGGGACCCUCAAACACUAACACGGGCCCCGCUCCGCGGUCUGACUCUGGUAACAAAAAUGAUGUGCCUGGUUCACAGGGACCUUCUGGUUGGGGUGGAAGCAUGGCUGCUUCACAUGCGCCCAGUUCCAGUUGGGGAGACACACCCACCAACGUAAAACACCCAGUAGGGCCCAGUGGAUGGGGUAACCCUCCAACAGGAGCCCCUUCCAACAGCAUACCCAAGAACGGGGCUCAAUCUUGGGGGGAGGAGAAAUCAUCUGGCUGGGAUGAUUCACAAGGCAAAUCAACAUCCCAGAGCUGGGGAGAGCAACCCAAACCAUCCAACUCCUGGAGCAGCAGUGGAGGAAGCAAUAACACUGGUGACUGGGGAGAACCAGAAGAGAGUAAAAAGAGCUCCUCUGGCCCUGACUGGAAAGGAGAAUCAGGAAACUGGAAGGAAAACAAACGAGAUUGGGGAAUGUCUUCUUCGGGACAUGGAGGUUCUGGAGCUGGAAACAGCGGAGGCUGGGGUGACUCCGCACCUCAGCGCCCAUGUGGUCCCCCUCAAGGCUGGAUGGGCAAGCCUCAGGACGGGCCCAGCAGUAAUAGCGGAGGAGGGACUAUGGGCUCUUGGGGUGGCCCCGGCUCUGUGAAGCAGGGUGCGUCUUGGGGCGGUGGUAAGAAGGAACCCCCAAAUGAGGCGACUGGCUGGGAAGAGCCCUCUCCGCCUUCUAUCCGUCGCAAGAUGGAGAUAGAUGACGGGACCUCGGCCUGGGGCGACCCCGUUACCUACAAUAAAGCAGUCAACCUGUGGGACAGGAACAACCCAGGGGUGGUCCAGGCUAAAGUUACCACAGGAGGUAGUAACCCUCCAGGUCCUAGCAAUAACCAUCCCCACGCUCACAAUCACUCCUAUCAUGGGCCGCCUGCACCUUUACAGAACCAUAGCCAAAACGCUCAAAACCCAGGCCCUGCCAGCGGGGCCGUAGAUCCUUCAGUGCAACACCAGUCUGGAACAUCUCACAUCAGGGGUCCUCUGAUAGCUCAAGGUUGGGGAGAGCUUCCCAGCUCCCACACAAAAUCUGAGAGCUCUUGGGGAGAGCCGGCACCCUCUCCAGUCAGCGUGGAUAAUGGCACAUCUGCUUGGGGCAAACCGAGCGGAGGCGCCGGAGGCUGGGGAGAUGGCAACCCAGACAACUACGGCAGGAGCAACCCAGCGAUGACGGCAGCGCCUGGCAAACCUGCCUCCAAACCUAUGCAAGAUGGAUGGGGAGGAGGAGGUGAAGAGCUCAGCCUUUCAGGGGGUCAGUGGGACUCUGAGGAGGGAGACAUGUGGAACAGCACAGCCUCCCAGGAGAGCAACUCUUCCUGUAACUCCUGGGGCAACGCAUCCAAAAAAGUCCCACAGAAAGUAAAGAUCCCAGGGAAACAGGAAGAUGCCUGGAUCAUGAAACAGCUCAUCAAACAGCUCACAGACAUGGGCUUCCCUAGAGAUCCAGCAGAGGAGGCUUUGAAGAGCAACAAUAUGAACUUGGAUCAGGCCAUGAGUGCCCUGCUGGAGAAGAAGACAGAGCUCGACAAGCGUGGGAUCGGGACCGGCGGCCACGACUACAACAACGGGCUCAUCAACAAACCCAUGAGUUGCCCUCGGCCUCCGCUUCUCUCCAAAGACCCCUCGACAGACCCUCGCCUGCCCUUCAUUGAUAAGCAGAUGCAGAGUGGAAUGUUUGGUGGUGGUGGAGCAGCACAAACCCGGGCCAUGCAGCAGCCGCAGCCGCCUCCUCAGCCACCAGUGCCGCCUCUCAGCUCCUCUCAGCCUAGUCUACGUGCGCAAGUGCCUCAGUUUCUCUCCCCUCAGGUUCAAGCACAGCUCUUACAGUUUGCAGCAAAAAACAUUGGUCUGAAUCCUGCACUUUUAACCUCACCAAUAAACCCUCAACAUAUGACCCUUCUGAAUCAACUUUACCAGCUGCAACUGGCAUACCAGCGUUUACAAAUUCAACAGCAAAUGUUGCAGGCACAGCGCAAUGUUUCUGGCCCCAUUCGACAACAAGAGCAGCAAGUUGCACGUACAAUCAAUAACAUGCAGCAGCAGAUCCAACAACACCAGCGUCAGCUGGCCCAGGCUCUGCUAAUGAAACAGCAGCAACAGCAGCAGCCGUCCCACUCUGGCCUGCAUCCUGGUGGGGCCAAAUCCUCCCUGGAUUCAUAUCCAGGUCACCCCCAGACUCCAGUCUUACCUGACCUGCAGACCAAAGAGCCGCAGUCAUCUCCCAGCACCUACAGCCCCUACGCUCUCUCUGGACUGAAUCCAAACAUGAAUCCAAACUGUAUUGACGUGGGAAGCCUUCCUAUGAAGGACCCACCGCUACCACAGUCCCGGCUGUCGCAGUGGACACACCCAAACUCCAUUGAAAGCCUUUCUGGAAACUCGUCUCCUCUCGAGCCCAACCUGGGAAAACAUGGAGCCAACCUCGGCCCACCUGGAAAGCCUCCUCAGAUAGACGACUCCUACAACCCCUACAACCUGAUAUCAAGUUCAGAGUCUCCGACCAGCCCGUUGGUUCCUCCGGAGAGCUGGGGUCAGGGCAAGAACAGCAGCGACAAGAUGGCCAACGGGACCAAUAUCAACUGGCCUCCAGAGUUUUGUCCUGGCGUUCCCUGGAAGGGUCUGCAGAACAUCGACCCUGAGACCGACCCCAACGUGACUCCAGGCAGCGUCCCCAGCGGACCUACGAUCAACACCAACAUCCAAGAUGUCAACCGUUACCUGCUCCGGGACAGAAGUGGAGGCUCCUCUCCCACCUCAUCUCAGAGCGAGGCUCUGCCUCCGUCCACCGAUUGGCCAGUCAGUGCCUACUCUAGCUCGUUCAGUCUUUCUUCCCCGGAGAUGGACGACGCAGGCAAACUGUCAGAGAUGAAAUCGACCUGGUCUCCAGGUCCCAUCUCUCACAGCCAGGCGUCUCUGUCCCACGAGCUUUGGAAAGUCCCCCAGGGUCCGCGGAGCAGCACCACGGCUCCUUCCCGCCCCCCGCCCGGCCUCACGAACACGAAGCCCUCCUCCACCUGGGGCGGAAGCUCUCUGGGUCUGGCCCAAGGAUGGAGCAGCUCUUACACCACAGCAGGUACCACAUGGAGCACGGACAGCUCCACCAGGACCAGCAGCUGGCUGGUUCUGAGGAACCUGACGCCACAGAUUGACGGUUCCACUCUGCGUACGCUGUGCAUGCAGCACGGCCCCCUCAUCACAUUCCACCUCAACCUGACACAGGGAAACGCCGUGGUUCGCUACAGCUCCAAGGACGAAGCCGCCAAAGCUCAGAAGUCUCUGCACAUGUGUGUGCUGGGGAACACCACCAUCCUAGCAGAGUUCGCCGGGGAAGAGGAGGUGAACCGCUUCUUUGCACAGGGCCAGUCGCUCGGCGGGACGACCAGCUGGCAGGCCUCCCCGGGAACCAAUCAGACCAGGAUGGGCGGAUCUGGAUCCGGAGUCGCUCAUCCCAUCGGUCACUCACCCCACUGGAACAACAACAACAACAGCGGCGGUGGUGGCGGCGGCGGCAGCAGCGGCGGGCUCGGAGCGGGUGGAACUAAAACGGGCGGGGAGUUGCUCUGGGGAGGCGUUCAGCAGUAUUCCAGCCUGUGGGGACCCCCGAGCGGCGAGGAGGGACGAGUCAUGGGGAGCCCCACGCCAAUCAAUACGCUGCUGCCUGGCGACCUGCUGAGUGGAGAGUCCAUGUAGGAGGGGGAAAAAAAACUGACAAAGAGGAGCAAAAACCUUGCAAAUCAGUGUGGAGAUAAUCAAGUGUGGAUGUGAAGACGAGGAGGAGAGAGACGAGAGGAGGACAAGGCUUCAUAUUCGCUGCUUGGCUUUGUCUGCCUCCUCUGCUCUUUUUUUUUUUUUUUUGCUCGUGUUAAACGGCAUUUCAGUCGCAGUUGUUUUGUGGUGAGUUUCGGAUCCCGGCGUUUCAUUUAUCAAAGAACAAAAGAAAAAGACAAAAACGUUUUACAGAAACAAGCGGGGGGUGAGGGUCGCUGUUGUAAACAAACUCGAGUCAACUGACAUGGCGACAAGCUGCCAUCUUUAUUCUGGUGGGAUCCCUCACUGCCUUUCCAGGCAAUCAUAAUGCACCUCAGAGAUCCAUGGAGAAAGGCAUCAUUCCCAAAGUUCUAACAAAAACCCGUCAAUCAGAGUGGGUGUUGCACGGUCAGUCGGUCCAGACCCAACAACAUUUGUUUCUGUCAGCACUAAUUUUAGCCUUAAACUGUUUCCUGCCCUGCUAUCCACGCUCAACUCUUUACUCGGUAAAGAAGCUUACGGAGAACUUGCACACCCUUAUUUCUGAGCCAGUGAAACCUGAGUGGAAAGUACAUGCUGCUGCAGCUCACAACGUCAGUGCAUUUGAGUUUCUUUAGUUUUUUUCCCCCGCAGUCGGAUCAAGUUCCCACCAACAAACACAUCGCUCAAAGGGAAUGAUGCAACUUUGUUCGCCUUGCUCAAGCCAUUUAUUUUUGUAGUAUUUUUUUUAUGACUCGUUUUCUUGAACCAUUGCAAGCAAAGCUUAAAAAAAUGAUGUUAUUCAAAUGUGUCUGUCGACCGUAUCUGGUGGGUGGAUGUACAUAUGAUGAGAUGAACCACUGCUAAUACAAAGGAACUGUAAAAAAGACAAACAUGAUGAUGCACCUCAGCCUUUUUAUGGGCUCUUUUAUGUUUUUUUUUUUUUUUGCAGUUUGGUCUCGACCUGUCUCAGCGACAUUUUGGGAGAAAUUAAAGAAGAAGAAAAAACAACCUCAAAUUGUUCCUUCCCCUCUCCGCCGCGCGCCCACUCCACCUGCAAAACCCACCAUUUCAAGCGACGUGCAAUAUAAGCCACAGACUCUACCGUCCAAGCACCCUACGACUGAGAGCAGACUGUAAGGAAAGAGUGAACUGCGAACACUUUAUCUGCCCUCAGAAAAAGAGGAAAAAACUGCCACUACUACCCUUUAUCUCCCCUUAGAGAGAGUGUGAACUCAGGAGAGUAGCAAGCUGGUCUUCAACCAUUUUCUGUCCAAGACACAAGGACUUCGAUACAAAGCACUUCUUCAGCCAGCCACCUCUCCAUAAGACUUGUGUGUGUGUGAUUUUAUGUGUGCGCGUGUGUGUGUGUGUUUGGGAAGAAGGCAACAAACCAAAUUCAGAGGAGCUUGUUUUCUUUUCCCCCUCACCCAGAAGACAAGAUCACUUUUUUUUGUCCACAUUUGCUUCGGUUUUAAAGGAAAAAAAAACACAAAAAAAAAGAGGCAAAGACUUGUGAAUAGGUGGUCUGUUAUAGCACUUAACGAGAGCGCCGCUGCUCCUUAUACCCUCAAUGCCAACGAACAGAAGAAAGGUGAAGCAACACUGGCAAAUAAAAACUGCAAAAAGACUUCAAAGCAAUCUGCUCAGUGGCUUCUCUGUGUACUUAUUUUUUAACUUGACAUGGAUGUGAACUUUGUUUUUCCUUCUUAAGUCAGUGGGACCAGAGGAUGUCAAACACGGUAGCAAAGUGAAGGGAAAUGCAAAGAAAACUCAAAGCGCUCAUCCUCACCUUCUUCUUCUAUAUAUAUAUAUAUAUAUAUAUAUAUA